AUGGCGGAAGCGGUAGGCAUAGGUGUAGGAGUGCUGUCUUUCGCAAUACAAAUCGCCGACAGCCUCAUCAAAUUGAAGAACUUCGCAGACUCGAUGAAGAGUGCCCCUGAUGAGCUGCGCCGUCUCAUAUCUGGCAUUGAGGAAGUCGAACGUAUUCUGAAGAUUGUUGAGUCGAAGGACAAGGAGCUUGGGGGUCAUGCCGGGCGACACGACAAGCUGUCUCCGAGCGUUGAUAAUUGCCGACAAGCUGCGAGGAGGCUGGCGGAGAUUACUCAGAAGAUUGAGAAGACUCUAUUGCAGAAGCCGAAACGAGGGCGAUUCCAAUAUGCGUCUAGUCAGAAGAGUCUCGAAGCUGCCAGCAGACAAUUGGAGGUAGAGAAAGCGACUUUGAAUGUCUUUCUCUCGACUCAGACGAAUAUACUUGCAGAAAAAGUAUAUUGUCAGCAGGUUUCAACAUUGGUACACGUCCAAGAGCUCAAAGAGCACAUAGAGAGAAAAAUCGAGAGUUCUUCUAGUGCCAUGGCAGACAUUAUCCGUCAAGAGAUAUCUCAGCAAGUGACUUCCCUUAAUGUGGACGGUGCGCUGACGCGCACUUCGACACGACCUCCUAGUUCAAAGUCGACACGAAUCAGAACACAGGAAUUGCCCUCCGCUCUUGGCUACAUAUUUGGAGCCAUUAACUAUUCUAGGACGAAAAGUUAUCAUGAUUCCAAGGUUGGGACUGUUGAAGAGCUCACAGUUCGACUUACUACUCCCUCCUGGCUGUUUGGUAAGGUAUAUGAAGCUCACAAGAUUCAAGACUCCUGGUCUUGCAAGUUUGCUCUCCGAUCUCACAACAUUCUCCCUCCCUCACAUGCCGUGUUUCGAUACUCCGAGGAAGGGAACAUUCGGGGCCUGAAACAACUGUUUUCAUCGGGCAGGGCAACUCCGUUUGAUCGCGAUGAUCGUGGUAGAACUCCCUUACAUUAUGCUGGUUCCAAAUUUCAGUUUCACGCGUGCCAAUUCUUGGUUCAGAAUGGCGCUGAUCGCUUGGCAACAGAUGUAGAUAAGAGGUAUGUCGAUAAUUGGUACCGAUUUCUCAGUCCAGACAUGCUAAAGGAGUGGAGUCCUCCGCUAAAUCAAGCGAUCGGUCCUCGGAAUUGUGUUAAUGCAAGCAAAUUUCUGCGUUUAUACUCAACAGAUGAUCUGGACGAGAUUUCGAUGGAGGCUUUUGACUUCAGUACAUGGAAUUCUUACAGCUGGUUUCUAUAUUUAGGUGUAAACCCAGAGAUGGUGAACCUCGUGAUCCAACAGGCAUGGACUCCUCCUUCGGAAGUAGCAGAAUACAUAAAGCGUUAUGUUAAGGCCUCACUAGCGAUCGGUGACCUGGUUGGUCCAAAAACCAUUCGACUGUAUCUUGCUAGGAUUUCAAUCGAUAAGUCGUUUUUUGAUGCGUACCUUGUGCUAAAUAUCCUCUAUGGUCUCGCUGACUCCAGAUAUGGGCCUGCAAAUAUGGAAAUGUUUCAAGUGUGGUACGAACUGUUGACAGACGCAAUCCGUUUAGGUGUUUGUCUCCACCCGCGAGCCUUUGCCAGCAAGGCAAAUACUUACCGAUCCUUCACUUACCUAUCGUUCUCUCUUUGCUGCUACCGUGGGCUUCAAAGAAAGAGUGCGUUGAAACGUGUGCUUGAGUGUCUAGUCUCGGCAGGUUUAGAUCUGCUUGCCUUUUCUGAAGACGAAAUGAAAGUAUUGGGGAAAAGCGAUAGAACCAUAACUGGAUAUGAUUGGAAGGUAGAGGUGUGGGUCCGUUAUUGGAAUCCAGGUGCAGGAUUAUCCCCAGUUUAUGUAAAGAGCUUUGGCUUCAAUUAUGGAGCGACGAUAGAAGAAUGGGAUUGGUGGCAUAUCGAGGCGGCGUAUUAUGAAUAUGCUGAGGAUUUCUGGCAUAUGAUUGAGAGCCCUUGGGAGCAGCUUCCAGGGGCGUGA